CAACACUGGUAGGGGUAAAAGCCUCUUGCAAGAAAGAGUAAGUGUGUGAGGCAAGAGAGUUUGGUACCAGAAAGGAGUUAGACAACUCACCCAGUGUCCCAACCUGAUGCAUCUUAAUAAUUACUGAUUUUACAAAUGCUGAACGAGCUGGCAAGCAUUUGAAUACUAUUAUUUAUUAUCACCAAAAUAUUCUUUUGCCCACAGCAUCCAUGUUUAAGAGCAAACUCCCUGCAUGAUGUAGGUUAAAGAAAGAAUUAAAAAGAAAAAAGUCUGCAGGAGAAGUGUAGGCCCUUAUUUAGGAAGGAAAAGAAUACAUAAGUGAUUCAUCUAUAAAUUGACAUAGAAUCCCUUAGUGCUUUCCUUUAACCUUUAGUUUUAAUUUGGUUUAACCUUUAGUUUCAGGUUUAACUGUGCCUUCCAGUGACUAUAAUGACAAGGAAGCUGUAAAUGUAUUUGAGUUAAGUUUUUGUGAGAAGCAAAGUGGCAGCAUAGCUGUUCAGACAUUCCUGUUGAAUUUUGGAUCCACCCUUAAGGAGUAUGAGAAAUGAAGAUAAGGGGCCCCACAGGUGAUUUCUCUGGGCUCCUGGCUGGAAGACUCAGGACAGCUAGUUUCCAUUACAGAGGCUCAUGGCCCAGACCCUACAGCUUGGGCUCCUCUGACCAUCCUCAUUGAGAAAGGAAAGUGAGUCAAGAGAAGUCGAUGAUUCCUACCUGUUGGAGUGGCCCAGCAGUGUAAGCGUGGUUGUUACUGCCCCAUCCACCAUGUCCUUCAGUGCCACCAUUCUCUUCUCCCCUCCCAGUGGCAGCGAGGCCAGAUGCUGCUGCUGUGCCUGUAAGAGUGAGACUAAUGGAGGCAACACAGGCUCCCAGGGUGGGAAUCCUCCUCCCAGCACCCCCAUCACAGUGACUGGACAUGGCCUGGCUGUUCAGAACUCAGAGCAGCUCCUGCAUAUUAUCUACCAACGGGUGGAUAAGGCAGUGGGUUUGGCCGAAGCUGCUCUGGGUCUUGCCAGGGCCAACAAUGAGUUGUUAAAACGUCUCCAGGAGGAAAUGGGUGAGCUGAGGCAAGGGAAAGUGUCCACCCCUGAUGAAGACGGGGAAAGCCGGGCACAUAGUUCCCCACCUGAGGAGCCUGGGCCUCUCAAGGAAAGUCCCGGGGAAGCCUUUAAGGCUCUGUCUGCUGUGGAAGAGGAGUGUGACAGCGUGGGUAGCGGCGUGCAGGUGGUGAUUGAGGAGCUGCGGCAGCUGGGAGCAGCCUCAGUGGGGCCUGGGCCUUUGGGCUUCCCAGCAACUCAGAGGGACAUGCGGCUCCCGGGGUGCACACUGGCUGCCAGCGAGGGGGCCCCCCUGCUCAAUCCUCUGGUGGAUGAUUACGUGGCCUCUGAGGGUGCAGUACAGCGAGUUCUGGUCCCUGCUUAUGCCAAACAGCUCUCACCAGCCACACAACUGGCAAUCCAGCGGGCAACCUCAGAGACAGGACCAGAAAAUGGAACCAAGCUGCCACCACCCCGCCCUGAGGACAUGCUCAAUGCCACUGCUGCGCUGGACAGUGCCUUGGAAGAGUCAGGCCCUGGGAGUACUGGGGAGCUGAGACACUCUCUAGGGCUGACUGUUUCCCCAUGCAGGACCAGAGGAAGUGGGCAGAAGAACUCCAGGCGCAAGCGGGAUCUGGUACUCUCUAAACUGGUCCACAAUGUGCAUAACCACAUCACCAAUGACAAGAGAUUCAAUGGGUCUGAAAGCAUCAAGUCCUCUUGGAAUAUUUCAGUAGUGAAGUUUCUUCUGGAAAAGCUCAAGCAAGAGCUGGUGACCAGUCCCCACAAUUACACUGAUAAGGAGCUAAAAGGAGCCUGUGUGGCCUACUUCCUUACUAAGAGGCGUGAGUAUCGCAACUCCCUGAACCCCUUUAAAGGCCUGAAGGAAAAAGAGGAGAAGAAACUUCGAAGUCGCCGAUAUCGGCUUUUUGCCAAUCGAUCCAGUAUCAUGAGGCAUUUUGGACCUGAGGACCAACGUCUGUGGAAGGAUGUGACAGAGGAGCUGAUGUCAGAUGAAGAGGACAGUCUUAAUGAGCCAGGUGUGUGGGUGGCCCGCCCUCCCCGUUUCCGGGCCCAGCGCCUCACAGAGCUCUGCUACCACCUGGAUGCUAACUCUAAGCAUGGCACCAAAGCCAACCGUGUGUAUGGGCCUCCCUCAGACAGACUGCCUUCUGCUGAAGCCCAGCUCCUUCCACCAGAACUUUACAAUCCUAAUUUCCAAGAAGAGGAAGAUGAGGGAGGGGAUGAGAAUGCACCUGUCUCCCCAUCUUUUGACCAACCCCACAAAACCUGCUGUCCUGACUUGAACUCAUUCAUUGAAAUCAAGGUGGAAAAGGAUGAAUAAAAUCUACAGCCAAGAAUAACUCUGGCUUCCGCCAUGCCCCAUGUCUCAGAAAUAGGUGGCCAUGGGGCUUCACAAAAUAAUGAGAUGCUCUGUGCAGUCUGAGAAAGCACAUUUGCCUCUUUUUUUUUUUUUUUUUUAACACAGUCUCUACUGGAAAUGGAAGCAGAACACUCUGGUGGGAUAAAAACUUAUCUAGAAGGGGAGAAACUCCCUCCUCUGUGAACAGUAAGCCAGAAAAUGUUUAUUCCUCAGCAUAAACAGUGUCUCGGAGAAGCCUGGGAUGAGAAAAGGAAGAGGAUGGGUCCAAGAAACAUGAGGCCUUCUUGACAUA